GAAGCUUACGUUGUUCAGUGUUGGUAGUGGUAUCCUGACAUUACUGGCAUGUACUGUUGUGAUUGUGUGUACUGAACUGCCAAAAUGGUGAUUAAGGCCUUCAUUUUAAGAAUGAAUGGUUAAUUAUCUGUGGUGAAAGUGAUAUUGUGUCUCUCAACAUGUGGGCUACAACGAAAACGAAGAAAUAUGGAGUUGCGGUGUACAACUGGAAGGGAGACACGCGGUUCGGACUGGCGCUGGAGAUCGGGGACACGGUGCAGAUCCAGGAGGAGUGCCUCGGAUGGUACCGUGGUUUCGCGACCAAAAACAGGACCCUAAAGGGCAUCUUUCCAGUCUCCUACAUUUUUAUCAAACCAAGUAAAGUUGACAAUGAAAGUCUUGUUGAAUCAAUCAUCCCAAUCGAAGACCCAGUCGUCCGUGAAGUCACCCUUGUGCUGCGCGAAUGGGGUAACAUUUGGAAAAAACUUUAUGUGGAUAGGGAAACUUACAAAUUUACCACCUUAAGGAAAGUAAUGAGAGACCUCCUAGAUUGGAGAAGACAACUUCUGACUGGAACCCUUACUCAAGAUCAGACCCGAGAGUUGAAACUGAAGAUCACAGCAAAGAUCGACUGGGGCAACAGGAAGCUGGGCCUGGACCUGGUGCCGAGAUGCGGCGCCGAGAUGGUGGACCCUGCCACCAUGAGCGUGGUGGAGUUGUACCAUGUGCAUGCGCAAAGCUCAGAGAACUCACGCGAGGCUUCGUCAAGGGGUACUAUGAAGCGCAAAGAAACAAAAAAGGUCCUCACUCAUCACCUUUACUUCUGUAUGAGAGACUUUGGACAUCAUUUUGGAGAGGACACAGAAAUAUACUUUUCACUCUUUGACACAAAAAAGUCAAGAUAUAUUAGCGAACGGUUUCUAGUCAAAAUUUCCAAGGAUGGCUUCUCCAACUAUGUGGAGAAACUUCACAGCAAUUGUACAAUUUUCACUGAUCUUGGAAAUGCUGACCUAUGUAGAGAAAUAUACCUAGUAGCUCAUGUCAUGCGAGUGGGAAAAAUGUUGUAUUCUGAAUCCUCUAAGAAAUCUGGGGGUUCUGGUGGAAGCCACACCUCUGCAAAUGCCAACCACUUGUUUCGUAGACCCAUGGGCGUUGCUGUGCUUAACAUUAGUGACUUGCUACUAUUAGGACACAGUCAUGUCAUGGGAGGGUCUCUGAGCAAUGCUGGUGGUGGAGGGUAUUCCACUAACACUCUCAGUGCCAACUUGUGGAAUUCUACAUCUGCUACUCUUGGGGAAGAACGAGAGUUCACUAUUAAAGUAUAUACUGGUGACGAAAAAGACUUCUAUCAGCUGCCUGAACUUAUCAUCAAGCAAAGCAACAAGUAUAGCUUGUUGUCAGGUCAACCAAAUUAUGGCAUUGGCAUAUCCUUGAAGCUACUUCACGGAGAGCUAUCACAAGUCCAAGAGGAAAACCCCCUCCUAUUCAAGAAUAUUUCUCUUACCAAGAAACUGGGUUUCUCUGAUGUCAUCAUGCCAGGAGAUAUAAGGAAUGACUUAUAUGUUACAUUAGAGAGAGGUGAAUUUGAAAGGGGUGGGAAAUCAACUGCAAAAAAUAUUGAAGUGACAGUUCUAGUCCUUGAUUCUGAUGGAAAGCCUCUUGAGAAAUGUCUUUGGGGUGCAUCUGGAAUGGAUGGAACAACUGAAUAUCAAUCUAUGAUUGUCUACCACCACAACUCCCCUUCUUGGAUGGAGACUGUGCGUCUGGCUGUACCUAUUGAAAAGUUUUAUGGAUCUCAUGUUCGAUUGGAGUAUCGACAUUGCUCAACUCGUGAGAAGGCAGACAACAAAAAACUCUUUGGGUUUUCUUUUGCCCGUCUGAUGGAAGCAGGUGGUGCCACACUAUGUGAUGGCCCUCACGAGUUAUACAUCUACAAGUGUGAAGAUCGGUCCAGACUUAACGACCCUCAAGUUUACCUUUCCUUACCAUCUGGUGCUCGCGAAACUGCUGAUGGAAUAACCGGCUCUAAUUCUUUUGGCAGGAGCCACAAAGAAACAGUGUUCAUCAACACCCUUUUAUGUUCCACAAAAUUAACUCAAAAUGUUGAUCUUCUUUCUCUGUUACAAUGGAGGGAACUUGCACAUCCUGAUCGUGUGCAAGAUGCACUGACAAGAGUUCUUAAAUUGAAAGGAGAAGAACUUGUUAAAUUUCUUCAAGAUGUUCUUGAUGCACUAUUUUCAAUGUUUUCCACUGAAGAUGGUAACUCUACCACACACUCUGGACUUGUAUUUCAUGUUCUGGUGAGCAUUUUUAGUCACUUAGAAGACAGUAGGUUUGAGCAUUUCAGACCAGUGAUGGAUGCUUACAUUAAGGGUCACUUUGCUGCUGCACUAGUAUACAAAGGUUUGAUGACAAGUGUUCAACACUGUGCAGAACGAGUUAGUUCUACUGAUAAACAAGAGCCAAUGCAAAAGUGCUUUGGUUCUCUUGAAUACAUUUUUAAAUUCAUAAUUGAAUCCAGGCUUCUAUUCUCAAGAGCAACAGGAGGGCAGUAUGAGGACAGCUUCAGAAGAGAUUUGUACCAUGUAUUCAAUGCUCUAACAAAAAUGCUUGCUACCUCCUAUGAAGUCAUUCUUCCCACACAGGUUGCUCUAUUACACUCAAUCAGUGCAGUCCUUGAACAACUUACCCAAGUUCUUCAAGUAACAGAAGUUAGUAUUAUAGCAUCAAAUAUGCUAGAAAGUCUCCCAACUCGGGACCUUCCUCCCCAGCUAACUCAAGCCAAAUUAGUAGCAGUUAGGAACCUUGUGACGAGCGCACUAUUCCAGCACGAUGACACUCGAAGUCAAUUACUUGAAAUGUGUUGUCAACAACUGCGAAUGCACCUUGACCAUCGAGAUGAAUUGCGUCUUUGCACAGAAAUAUUGGGAGAAAUUCUGGGCUACUUGUUUCGGCAAAGACAAGCACAGCUACAAGAACAAGGGAAAGUCAAUAAUUGCCAUCAUCAUGAUGUUGAAAUCCUGUGCGUUCACACCCUUGACAUGCUUAUUAAGACUGUUCUCUUCAUACUUGAUUGUCCAACUCCAGUGCUGGGCAGCCUGGUGGCUUGUCUCAUUGGUCUUCUACAGUUGUUGGAUGAAUAUCACUACACUCGUUUGUGGGAGCAGCUUGGUGAUCACAAAUCAACCAAGGAUUUCCUGCUUCGAGUUUUCCUAGUCUUUCAAGAUUUGGUGAAUAAACAGGUUUUCCCCUCAGAUUGGCUUGUGAUUAAAAUGGCAACAAAUCAAGUCAUUUUGAGUAGUCUCAAGGAGUUGUCAGAACCCUUGGUAACCAAGUUUUUGAGUCAUUUUGACAAUCAUUUGUGGAAUCAAUAUUUUGAUCUGGCUGUAGCAUUCCUAACCCAGCCCUCACUUCAAUUGGAGCAAUUCAGUGAGGUAAAGAGGGAGAAAAUGAUGGAAAGGUAUGGUGAUAUGAGAGUCUUCAUGGGCUACCAAAUUUUAAGCAUGUGGUCCAGACUGGGAGAUCACAAAAUUAAAUUCAUACCCCACAUGGUUGGGCCAUUUUUGAAAGUGACUUUGGUCCCAGAAGCUGGACUGCGCAAGGCUACUUUGCAUAUCUUUUUUGAUAUGAUGGAGUGUGAGCAAAGAGCCCGAGGAAACUUCAAGCAGGUGGAGUCAGAACUCAUUGAUAAGCUUGAUAUCCUAGUCAGUGAGAACAAAGGUGAUGAUGAAUACCGUCAGCUUUUUAAUACAAUUUUACUUGAACAAGUUCAAAGUAAAGAUCCUUCCUGGAAGGAAAGUGGAACUGCUUUUAUCAGUUCUGUGACACGAUUACUGGAAAGACUGCUCGACUAUCGAAGUGUCAUGCAAGGCGAUGAAAAUCGAGACAAACGAAUGUCCUGCACUGUUAACCUAUUGAGUUUCUAUAAAAAUGAAAUCAACCGUAAAGAGAUGUAUUUAAGAUACAUCUAUAAGCUCCAUGACCUCCAUUAUCCUGCUGAAAACUUUACGGAGGCAGGUUUCACUAUGAAGUUGUAUGCAGAUCAGCUUUCUUGGAGCAAUACCCCUCUCACGGGUGAUCCUGAGUGUUCCAGUCAAAAGCUGUCGGAGUGUGCCCGUAAACAACAACUCUAUUACCAGAUGAUUGAUUACUUUGAUAAGGGCAAGUGUUGGGAAAAAGGUAUCCCUCUCUGCAAAGAACUUGCAGAAUUGUAUGAAAAAAAGUUGUUUGACUAUGCAAAGUUGAGUAAUAUUCUUAAAACACAAGCUAGAUUUUUUGACAAGAUUUUGACUCAACUUCGUCCUGAGCCUGAAUAUUUCCGUGUUGGUUUUUAUGGACUUGGUUUCCCUAUGUUUGUGAGGAACAAAGUUUUUGUUUAUCGAGGAUUGGAAUAUGAAAGAAUUAUAACAUUCACACAAAGAUUACAGACAGAGUUUCCUUCUGCUCAGACCCUAUCAAAGAAUACUCCUCCUGGGGACAGCAUUAUGAAUUCUGAUGGACAAUAUAUACAAAUAUGUAAUGUUAAACCAAUUCCAGAGCAAAACCAAUUGCUUGAAGGUGUAUCUCCAUCAGAUUUACCUGAAAAAGUCAGGAGCUUCUAUGAAGUAAAUGAUGUGAAACGUUUCCAGUAUGAUAGACCUAUUCAUAAGGGAACUGUAGAUAAGGAAAACGAGUUCAAGAGCUUGUGGUUAGAACGCACAACUUUGGUCAUUUCCUCUUCCCUGCCUGGGAUACUGAGAUGGUUUGAGGUUGUUGAACGCAAAGUGGAAGAAAUCACACCUGUUCAGUUUGCGUGUGAAACAAUGGAAACAGCUAACAAAGAGCUUCGUCAUCUUAUUUCUCUCUUUGAACAGGACCCUAAACGUAACAUCAAUCCUUUUACUAUGAGAUUGCAGGGUAUUAUUUCUGCCGAUGUUAUGGGUGGCAUUUCAAAAUAUCAGCAAGCUUUCUUUACCACUGACUUUGCGAGAGCUCACCCAGAAAGUGCUGAACAUGUGAAAUCCCUCAAGAUGUUGAUUUUUGAACAGAUGCACGUGCUGACAAUGGCUUUAACUCUACAUGGGCAGUUAGCACCUGCUGAGGUGCAGCCUCUGCAACGGAGUCUACAAGAGAGACUUAUGCAUACAGAGCAUAGCUUACGUGAACUCAGUGCUGAUCUUAACUUGCCCAGACAUUGGGGCAUGUACCAACACAGCAUUGUGAACACUCCACUUCCCCCUCUACCAUAUGAGAAACGUAUUCCUUCUGAUGAUGUUAGCAAUCGGACAUCUUUUAGCAGUGCUUAUGGAAUUUUCAUUCCCAAUGAUUAUCAUGGUGAAGGACCUGAAUUCGAUGAUGAUAUAUACACCAAACCUAUGGACUAUGGUGGUUUCUCAUCUUCACCCCCAGCAAUACCACAGAGGGAUUUGAGACCUCGCUCAAGCUUUACGUCACCAAACUCUUCAGCAAGCUCAGCACGGACACCCACAAGAGGGGCACCAGACUAUUCAUCUUUACCACCAAUGAAGCCAAGGGUGGAGCCAUAUCUAGAUGGCGAAAUCCAGCGCCCGCCUAAACCUAAUCAUCAACGCUCUCUGAGCAUUAGCCGGCCCGAUAGCCCCAAGCCUCUGCCUUCAAGACAUUCCUUCCCUGCACAAACUGAUGGAGUUUUGUCUACAUGGGAAGGGCCAACGGGGCUAACCACCCCCAAUGGUGGGGAAGAAGCUCCUCCACUGCCACCGAGAGGUUGCACACCUGACAAGCGAGGAAUCUACAUUGAAGGACCUCAGCAGCCACCAGCUCCUCCUCGCCGACCUUUGAGCAAAAAGGGAUCAGCACCAUCAAUGCUCAACUCUGGUUCAUCUAUGGAAUUAAAUCUGGAAUCAGAUGGAUAUGUGGAUAGCACAAACACCCCUUUGACCACCCCUGUCACCCCUGGAGCUCCUAACGGGGUUUCCAAUGGUGAUGACUCUGGUUUAGGAGAUGUAACUCCCACACCCUCCUCAGCACCUACACCCACCUCUGCCACUCCCCUAUCCGCACAGCACUUCAACAAUCUUUCCUAUGAAGAUUUUGACUUGACAUCUCGCACUGCCUCUAAUAACUUGGGUUCAAGGACUGAUUUAAACCAAGAAACAAUGAAUAUAGCUCCCCCUAUCCUGUCUCCACGAAGCCAAAGCACAACUGCUCCUCCACCUAUACCACCCAAGGCUGUCAUCAGCAAUAUUUCAGCCAGUGUUGAGUCUAUUGCUUCCCAUGACACUUCAGAGCGAUCUGACUCAGGUUCUUGUCGAGGAUCAACAGGCUCUGCGGGAUCAGGUUCAGGUACAGAAAACUAUUCUGUCCCUCGACUUCAGACUACUCCUGUCAGUGUAGGUGUCAGCAACAACUGCUCAACCAACAACUUGUCAUCGUAGUGAGCUUUUGUUAUAAUACAAACAAAUCAAUAUUUGUUUGAGCUUUUGUUAUAAUACAAACAAAUCAAUAUUUGUUCCUGUUGGGGCAUUGUGGAAAUCAUGAAUUAAAUUGUGCCAUACCCAGACAGCUCAUGUAAGUUGUUCAUGAGGCAUAUGGUGGAACACACUAGCUUUUAUUUCAUCAAAAAUGAUAAAAGAUCUACCAUAAAUGGUCAUGGAAAUCUUCAAUCGUAAGCAUGAAGUGCAACAAUGGAAUCGCUUUCUUUGCAUUUUGUGAUCAAAUUUGAUUGCUUUCCAUGAUUUUUUUUUUUUUUUUUGACAUAUCAAUCCUGUCUUUGUAUUCCCUUUAGUAUUUUCUUAUGUUAGAAAUUUUGUAUGUUUGUAUAUUUUUACAGAACCCUUACCAAAGCAAAUAUGAAAUUGUGAUUAAGGUUUUAAUGUAUUUUAAAUUUUAUUUGUCUAGAGAAUGGUUGGUUGUGAGUAUGAUACGUAGUUGUGAUCUUCGUGUUAAAGAGAAGAUUCAUAUUGGUUUUAUUUUCUCCCACCGGUGGACGUGAACCUACCAUUGAUUUUCAGAACUCCCUAAAGAUUGUUAUGCCGUAACUUUACAUUCUUCUCUUGAAACCAAAGCUCAAGUCUCCAUGACAACAUGUGUAGUUGCUUUGAGGCAAAACUAAGAUAAACACAGUAUUUAAGUUUUGCAGUUGCAGUAUUUCAACCGCACUGUGGUACAUUGUGAUAGUAUUGCUCCUUUUUCCUGAAAACAUGAAUUUAACAGAACACAGUUACACAUCACAAUACCUUAAGUGAUGUUGACCAUGAUAAACAAUAUUUUGUCAUAAAUCCUGUCUAUUUUAAGGUCAAUUUUCAAACUUAGAUCGAACAAUUUUUAUAAAAUUUAGGAGGGAAUGUUGUGAGGUCAUACCUAUUCUGCUGUAAUCUGGUUGUAAAGUUUUACUUAUCAAUUUUAAAGAUAUUUUCAAAGCAAUUUUUAAAUCAAUUUGACUGUCACAACUGCCAAACUGUUCUUCCAUUUUGAAAGUGAAAUAGGACUUUCCUGUUUCUUAAAUAUUUAUUUUGUAAAACGUCUUGAUGUUUCUACGUUGUAUUAGUCAAUCAAGAUUGUUGUUUUGUGUAUGCUUUUGCAUUUACUGAAUAACAAUGCCUUCAGCUCAGUAUUAAAAAUAAUAUCAGGAUGUUGCUUGGCAUGUAGUUUGUUGCUUGUUUUGAUAGUAUGAGGCCUUUACUCAAUCGAUAAAUAGAAUAUGAAAUGUAAUGUCUUCAUAAAAGCUUUUUUCUUUUUUAAAUUACAAUCAGUAUACUUUGUAAACAUUCCUUAUGCUUGAGAAAUACAGUGUACAUUUUUGACACAUUUUUCUUGCAAAUCAUUAAUAAAACUUUUGGUAUGUAAACGCUCUAUGUAAUCUGUCGUGGUCCAGAUAAUUUAAAAUGUUGGAUCGGGAUCAGCUUGCUACAUGUAUUAGUUUUAAUGCAAUUGACUCUUGAUUGUUACUUAUAAUAUUAAGGUGAAUCAGACUUAAACUCUCUACUCUAAUCGAGUAGAAAAGUUAGCAUUUAUUAGAACUUUGAUGGAUUAUUAAUUAACAAGCAGGAAGCAAUAGCAAUAAUAAUAAUAGUUUUAUAAAUAUUUUUAUUGCCUUGAGGCUAUUACUACUUAGUCAAAGACAAUAUAUGUGGUUCCUAGUCGCCAUAUUCUACCUUUAGUCGAGGAAAUGCAGUAUCAGCCACUGAUUUUGUGGGGUCUGGAAUGAAUCAAGAUCAUUUCCUGAGGUUAUGAAUCGUGAACUUGUUUACCUUAGUUGGUUUGGUGUUCCACUGCUUUUAGCAAAAUACUACCAUGUAUAUAUGUAAGUAAGAUCUUAUAAGUGUAUCAAUAUGUCUUGUAUUUGUAUUUACAAGCUAGUCAUUCAGAAGCUAUUCAAAUAAAUGAAGAGGUAUACAACUUUACUCCCAUUUUUAUAAACUUGAGAUAAGAAUGAAACAAAAGAUUGUGAAUGACCUUGAAUCUACUGUAUCUUUUACCUUGAAGUGAUUUUAUGUAUGCCAACCCAUUGUGUGACUAUUGGAUGAAUGAAUUUGGUUCGUGUAUGAACUCGGAUCGCAGAUCCCUGUGAGGACCUUGUCUGCUUCAUGUGAUUGUAUUUUGAAAUACAUAGCCAAAAUUGGA